UAUUUGCACAUGAGUAUAUAGGUUGGUGCAAAACCGACGUCGUUUAGUAGCAGGGUAAGACCAACGCUAAAACCCUGCAAAAGUAUCAAGCUUUCAUUUCAUUUUCUUCUCAACUCAUCAUGCAACUCACUCUUGAAUUUGGAGGGGGCCUAGAGCUUUUGUGCGAAUCCAAAAAGGUCCACCAUGUCAAUGUCAACCUAUCAGAUGGAGAAGAGAAACUAACCAUGAAAAGAUUGCUGUCAUGGGUUAAAACAAAUCUUAUAAAAGAGAGGCCUGAGAUGUUUAUGAAAGGAGAUACUGUGAGACCCGGAGUUCUUGUUCUAGUGAACGACUGUGACUGGGAGCUUAGCGGUCAGCUUGACACUACACUUGAAGAGAAAGACGUGGUAGUCUUUAUAUCUACCUUGCACGGUGGCUAAUGCUAACACUUAUAUUAAUACCAAUACCUGUGUUCUGUUUUCUACUUGAUCAUAAGACAAACAUUGUUAGAGAGUAUAUUUCAUUAAAAUAUCCUACGAAAUUGGAGAUAGUGAUCAAUUUCCCUUGUACUGUUUACUGAUUAUUAGUUUUUUACUGCUACUAAAGGUAUACAAAUCAAUGAAGUGGCACGGUGUUUUGACACCACAUUUUGCUGGA